AUGCUUACGUGACUAGGACACGCUUCCUUCAAAAUUGAGUGCACUGAGCCCACCACCCACGCUAAGAGAAUUUUAUUUAUUGAUCCUUGGCUUUCAGGCCCAACUUGCCCUGAGUCAGAAAGAAACCAGGCACAUGCAGACGUAAUUUUAGUCACCCAUGGCCACUAUGAUCAUUGUGCAGAUGCCCCAAAAUUGUCUCAACAAACUGGCGCUAUAGUAGUCGGGACUUAUGAGUUGGCCAAUAUAAUGCAAACUCAAGGAGCUGCUCAAAUUUAUGGUAUGAAUAAAGGAGGAGUUUUCGAGAACGAUUUUUGUAUUGUCCACAUGGUCCAUGCUGAUCAUUCUGGAUCUGGCCCUGCGGACCAAUUUCCAUAUGCAGGAGAUCCAGUGGGCUAUGUUGUCAAGUUUAAAGAUGGGACCCCAAGCAUUUACCAUGGAGGAGACACCAAUGUAAACGCAAACAUGCAAAUUACUACUGAUUUGUAUGUUCCUGUCAUUGGUUUGCUGCCUGUUGGAGGAAGGUUUACAAUGGGGCCAAGGGAGCUAGCUUAUGCUUUGAAUAAGCUGCUGGGGAGUAUUAAGACUGUUAUUCCUAUGCACUAUGGGUCUUUUCCUCUGCUGACAGGAACUCCUGAGCAGCUGCAGGUAGAAAUUGAAAGAGUUUUCCCUGUCGAUCCUUCUAAAAGAGCUAUAGCGCUUUCCCGAGGAUGGCGCGGAAAUGGCGCCAUCCUCGGGAAAGCCGGGAAGGCAUCCACACGGGAACUGGGAGUUCUACGUGUGGAUGCCAUUUUGACAUGUGGAAGUUUGGAUCCCACAUGUCAAAAAUGGCAUCCACACGUGGAACUCCCAGUUCCCGUGUGGAUGCUUAGUUGACUUUUCCCGAGGAUGGCGCCAUUCCGCGCCAUCCUCGGGAAAGCGCUAUAGAAUCUUCACUAUGAGCUAUGGAGGCCAAGUGGAGUUAAGAACUUUGGCUUAA